GGACAAAGAAUUAAACAAAGCCAAAUCACACUCGCUAUACUUCCAAUUUUCUUUUCCCCCUUAUUUGUUAUUUUUCUCAAACAUUAUCGAUUAAUACUAUCUUCCCCCGUCCAAUUUUCACCUUCUUUUUCAUUCUCUCUUUUGUUUUCGUCCUUUUCAUUAAACACGAAUACGAGCAUGGCACGAGCACGAAUAGGCACGGCACGAUUCGAAACGUGCCCGGGUCGGGGCCGGGUCUAGCAAAGUUAACAAAUGGGCUUGCAUGGCACGACACGAAAACUGACGGGCCGUGCCAAGCACGACACGAAAUAUAUGGGCCUAAAGCGUGCUCGUGCCAUGCCGGCCCAAGCACGGCCCAACGCCCAUGUACAAGCUCGACUCGAUCGCCGACGAGGGAAGAAGCUUGAGCUUCUUCAACUUCAGCAGGCAGUCCAGGAUCUGCCUCCACGCGCCGCGAAUCGCUCUGCCAAAGCUGUUCGCGAUGCUGAACACCGCGAGAAUGGCUAUUCGAGGCUUCAGGUCGUGUCUGAACGCGAGCGGCAACCACGAGUGGAGAAGAAGUGAUUGCGGCAGAUUAUCUGGCAUUGGCUGCCAGAAGAGUUAUGUACGGACAUCUUCGGAAUACUGGGAACUCCGACGGUUGGCGGCAACCCCGAGCGGAGAAGAAGUGAUUGCGGGGAAGGGAUGUGGUGUCGGGUGCCACUUUUAAUUUGAUAAUAAUUAAUAAUUAUAAUUUUUUAUUUCUUUUUUAUUUAUUUUAUGGUAAAAAUGAGUUGGGUAUUAAAAUAAAAUAAAUUUAUUUUAUUUAUUAUUUUUUAAUUGUCACGUCACUAAGUUAACGGUCAACUUUAAGAGUUGACUGCCACAUUAGCCAAAGUUAACGGAGUUUGACGGAGAGUGAUCAAAUGUGAACGAUUUCAGUAAACUGAAGUAUCACCA